AUGUCUCUCCACGAGAACACCUUUGGCAAUCCUUUCAAGAAUUGGCCGUUCCCUACCUCGGCCAUCAGGUCCGGUCUUCAUCACGCAUCCCGGAUGGCCAUGAGUACAGCUAUCGACUCAUUGAGGGCCAACUCCCUGAAACUCAAGAGUAGGCCUCGGGUCGAGCAGAUGGCGGAUCGGUUGGCCCCCGGGAGGAACACCAACUCCGGUUCGGUGAGCCAUGCCCCCAGCAACAAGGAGAAUGUUGGCCGCAGGCCGUCUUCCAAAGGAACAUCCUCCCACGAGAAUACCAAUAUCAACACUCGUGGAUCCAGGGCUCCGAUGCAGCCAGUUGUCAACCGUUCCGUUUCUAUUUCAACAUCAAAUAGCGAGCUCACCAACCACAGCUGGCAGAGUGCCAUGACUUCGGAUAGCCAGACCACUAUGAGCCCCGGUGACUCUGCUGAGAGGAACAAGAAAGGUAAACAGCCCGCUGCUUGGUCCUACAACUCGCCCGAGUCGACUCCCGAGAGCGUAUAUGGAGCCAAGGCCCCGGUUUCCGGUGGCGCCAUCACUUCUUCCAGGGACCAUCAGCACCGUGGACAGCACAAGUCAGCCUCGCAAUAUGGCAAGAUGGUCCUAGGAUGCUCCCAAUGUCUCUUCGACCCUAAACUGCAGGUAGCCCCAUGCAGAUGUCUCAUUUGCAUCGACUGCGGCGGCAGGUUCUGGAGCACCAUCUCCUCCACGAACAAUGAAGUGUUCUGCGGAUGUGGCGAGAGAGUUUCCUCCCUGAUCAGCCUCGAUCAGGCCUAUGUUGGCCAGACUGUUAUGGCGUCGCCGGCGGCGUCUUCGCCGUACACACCUUCCAAUAUCUACUCCCCAGCGUCUGUGGGGGCCUCGCCCUCGUCUUCCACGGCCGCAGUUCACUUCACCAGUCCGACACCAGUGAGUAGGUUCCAGCCUUCGCCGUUGAAAAUGGACGACAUGGUCCCGUUCCUACCCACGAUACCUCCGAUCCAGUUUUCGGGUAUUCAGCCGGUGGUUCAUGCGAGGCCCAUGAGUACGAACAAGUUACUAGCAAUGGAUGCGGAAACAGCUAUGAGGAAUGCCCCUUUUGUUGAUUUGGGAAGGAACUCGCUACCGCAGAACUGGAGCUGUGUCAAAAUUGGCAAUAUUCCUUACAACGUUACCUCGGAGGAGCUGCUGGAUUUCCUCGGCAGGAACUCGAACAUCGUCACCGAGGUUGCAGGCAGUAUCGGUAUCCAUGUAAUAAUGGAUAGAUCUACCGGAAAAACAAUGGAUGCAUAUGUCGAGUUCAUGAACGCCAAGGAUGCGUGGAAAUGCGUCUCCCGUCGUCGUUCCAGGGUCCUGGGCAACAGGCACCUCUCAUUGGACGUCGUUGACCCAUCAGAGCUUAUGAAAGACAUAUUUCCGAGGGCUAAGGGGAUAAUCUGGGAGGGAGUCAUGCCUGUUCCUGCAGCGAAUAAGCCGGAGUAUGGCUCGAAAACCGAGAUUAUCUCCCGCGAGGAACUCGUGUUGAUCGUCAAUCACGCGCGGACCCCUCACAGAAGCCCAUUCAGCCGCAAGUGCCUGCAGCGACCUUUCCAGUCGCUCAUGUCGAUCGUCUCCAAGUUUCCUUGGUUCGCGGUGGACCUCUACACUAUCGAGCAGCGGGAUUACAUCUAUCAGUCUCUGCUUACUGCCGUUGAUAUAUUGAAGCGCCAGAUCAAACGGGGAAGGACCCUGCCGAAUCUGGAUCUCGAGCUGCUAAAGACUUUGCUCUGCGUUGGUCUUAGGUGCUCGGGGUUUACGGAUGCCCAGAAAUAUGAGUUGGUCAAGACGGCCGAGUUUGGUGCGGAAGGCAUCCGCGUGGAUUCCGACAUUGCUGUACUCGGUGGGUUCGAGGCCUUGGGCAAAGCUAUCGGUGCGGAGAGGAAAGUCUUAGAAUUUUAUUCUGUUUUACUUGAGUUGUCGAUUACGCCGCGCGCUGAUGAGCAUGGCUCUCAGAUGCACGCUGCCGCGGAGUUAAUUCGGGCGAAAAAUAUCACCAAGCAACAUCCUGAGGAAUCGAAAAAGUCGCACCUUACCAUGGCUGAGGCGUCGGCUGUCGAGUGGAAUAUCAUUCAAAAGGCGAUCAUGAAGGUUUUGCCUAGCAAGCAUUUUGCACAGGAUUCGCAACAGAUGUCUAACACUGCCAAUUCUUCCCAGGCUAUGCAGAAUGAGUAACAGUCUAACCUAUGCCUGCUACCAGAUAUUGUCUGAUGAAUCGUUCAACGUUUUCUUUUUUCUCCGAGGCUCAACUCCUCUUUUCUUUUUUUCUUUUCUUUUUUCUUCAGAUGCUUGUUAAUUCUUCCUUGCUGAUUGAAAAUCUUGUGUUGGUGUAUGAUAUCUUGAAGAGUGAAAAGAGGUCUCGUCUAUGGGCUUCUUAACCUUGCAUUUGUUGGCAAUUGUCUUUUUUCUUUUACAAUUGUAGAAGGAGUGGGGCUGGAUAACUGCGACCUGGAUAGGAAACGGAAAUCUGGAUGCUGUGGAGGGGUACGGGAGGGAUUAAAAGGAUAUGAAAUUAGGAGUGUUUGUGACGAAGUUUUAAUAACCAAAUGGACGACGUUUCCCCCGA